AUGGCGGGACUUUCAGCCAACUCGGCGACACUGCACUGCCUCACAGUGCAGGUGCAGUCGCCCGGUCUGCGCCUGGCCAUGGCGCCGUCGCCCGGCCCGAAGCCGGCCGAUGCGAUCGGGACGCUGCCCAACUUCUUCCUGUUCGAACAUCCGCGGCUGCGGAAGCGCUCGCUGCAAGGCGCGGACGGUCACCGGAGCGCGCUGCACAAAGAACCGGAGUCCCCCCUCGGGCAGACGGAGGUCGCUGCGACGGCCACCUGGACAGCCUCCUGGAGAACCACCUGCAAAGUGGAUCACAGCCUCCUGGACAACCACCUGGACAACCACCUGGACAACCACCUGGACAGCCACUUGGACAGCCACUUGGACAGCCACCUGGACAACCACAACCACCUGGACAGUCACCUGGACAACCACCUGGACAGCCACUUGGACAGCCACUUGGACAGCCACCUGGACAACCACAACCACCUGGACAGUCACCUGGACAACCACCUGGACAGCCACUUGGACAGCCACUUGGACAGCCACCUGGACAACCACAACCACCUGGACAGUCACCUGGACAACCACCUGGACAGCCACUUGGACAGCCACUUGGACAGCCACCUGGACAACCACAACCACCUGGACAGUCACCUGGACAACCACCUGGACAGCCACUUGGACAGCCACUUGGACAGCCACCUGGACAACCACAACCACCUGGACAGUCACCUGGACAACCACCUGGACAGCGAGGUGGCGUGGGCCCAGCAGCAGGUGGAGAGAAGGCGGACCAAGAGGGACUUCCGAGGAGAGGGAUCGCUCACUGCCCUGACGGCCGCCGGCGUCGCUGCCGGCGUCGCUAACGGCACCAGGGCGGCCCGCUCGUCGGGCCCCUACUCCAUGUUCCCGGACCCGCUGUUCAAGGACCAGUGGUACCUGAACGGCGACACGGAGGGCUCUCUGGACAUGCACAUCCAGGACGCCUGGCAGCGAGGCUACACCGGCAAGGGCGUUGUCGUGUCCAUCCUGGACGACGGCAUCCAGGGCAACCACCCGGACCUCUCGCAGAACUACGACCCUAUGGCGAGCGCCGACAUCAACGACAGCGACGCGGACCCCACCCCGCGCGACAACGGCGACAACAAGCACGGCACGCGGUGCGCCGGCGAGGUGGCGGCGCAGGCCUUCAACACGUUCUGCGGCGUCGGGGUGGCGUACCACGCCAGCAUCGGAGGCGUGCGCAUGCUGGACGGCACGGUGAACGACGCGGUGGAGGCGGCGGCCCUGAGCGUCAACCCGUCGCACAUCGACGUGUACUCGGCGUCCUGGGGCCCCGAGGACGACGGCAAGACGGUGGACGGCCCGGGCCCGCUCGCCAAGCGCGCCUUCCUGCAGGGCGUCUCCGCGGGUCGCAAAGGCAAGGGGUCCAUCUUCGUGUGGGCUUCCGGCAACGGCGGACGCCACACCGACUCCUGCAACUGCGACGGCUACACCAACUCCAUCUUCACGCUCAGCAUUUCCAGCGCCACGCAGGGCGGGUACAAGCCGUGGUACUUGGAGGAGUGCUCGUCGACGCUCGCCACCACCUACAGCUCCGGCACGCCCGGCAGGGACAAGAGCGUCGCCACCGUGGACAUGGACGGCCAGUUGCGGCCCGACCAUCUGUGCACCAGCGAGCACACGGGCACCUCGGCGUCCGCGCCGCUCGCGGCGGGCAUCUGCGCGCUGGCCCUGGAGGCGAACCCCUCGCUGGGCUGGCGGGACAUGCAGCACCUCGUGGUGCGGACUUCGCGCGCCGCGCCCCUGGAGCGCGAGGACGGAUGGGUGCUCAACGGGGCCAAGCGGAAGGUGUCGCACAAGUUCGGCUACGGCCUGAUGGACGCGGCGGCCAUGGUCACCAUGGCGGAGACCUGGACCGCCGUGCCGCCGCAGCACAUCUGCAAGAGCCAGGAGAUGACGGAGGAACGGCCGAUAGACGCUGCCAAGGGAGCGCUGCUGGAGAUGCAAGUGGACGUGAACGGAUGCAGGGGCACUGCGAAUGAGAUCCGGCACCUGGAGCAUGUGCAGGCGCGCGUGACGCUGCGGUACUCGCCGCGCGGCGCGCUGCGCAUCACGCUCACGUCCCCGAUGGGCACCACGUCGGUGCUGCUCACGGAGCGGCCGCUCGACACCGAGUCCUCCAACCUGGACGACUGGGCCUUCCUGUCGGUGCACUUCUGGGGAGAGCGCGCCGACGGCCGCUGGACGCUGCGCGUGUCCAACCAGGGCAAGGAGGCCGCCAAGCAGAACGGCGUCGUCAAGAAGUGGCAGCUGGUGCUGUACGGCACGGCCACGGACCCGCUCUACACGUCGUCCAACAGCACGGAGGCCGGCGCUGGCGGCGCGGGCGGGCUGUCCGUCGUAGAGCUGGUGCCACUCGACGGCGGUGGCGGCGCGGCGGACGCCGGCUACCACGUCGGCGACAAGCCCGCCCCGCCCCUGCCCGCCUCCAUGCGACCCCUCAUCCUGCACGACUGCGACCACGAGUGCCUGGAGUCGGCGGGCUGCUACGGCAAGGGACCCACCGCGUGCCUCGCGUGCCGCCACUACAAGCUGGACAACGCGUGCGUCUCGCGGUGCCCGCCGCGCAGCUACCUCUCCAAGGACGCGUCCUGCCUGCCGUGCCACGAGUCCUGCGAGACCUGCGCGGGACCGGGCCAGGACUCGUGCCUGUCGUGCGCGCCCGCGCACCUCCGCGUCACGGACCUGGCAGUGUGCCUGCAGCAGUGCCCCGACGGCUACUUCGAAGACUCGGAGCGCGGCCUGUGCAUCCCCUGCGCCUCCAACUGCGUGUCCUGCUCCGACCAGCCCGACCGCUGCACCUUCUGCGCAGAGCGACUCCUCAUGCACGACUCGCGCUGCUUCGCCGCCUGCCCGCCGGGGACCUUCAACAUCAGCCUCGACAGGUGCCAGGAGUGCCACUCGUCCUGCGACACGUGCGCGGGCCCCGACGAGACGCAGUGCAUCUCGUGCCCGGCGGGCCGCUACUUCCUGUCCGGGACGUGCCUGCGCGGCUGCCCCGAGGGCUGGCACCCCGACAAGCACGCCCAGGAGUGCGCGGCGUGCGCCCUGGGCUGCACGCUCUGCACCAACUCGGGCUGCCUGGUGUGCGCGCAGGGCUGGGUGCUGGGCCCCGAGGGCCGCUGCAGCCGCGAGGGCUCGGGCCGCUGCAAGGACGCGACAGUCAAAGAAAAUUGUAUGAUUUUUACCAAUCGUGCUCUAGCAGUGUCGUGUGUUGCAGGCGAGCACCUGAACCAGGCGUCGGGCCGCUGCUCGGCGUGCGACGCGGGCUGCCUGACGUGCCACGGCCCGGGGGCGGACGCGUGCCUGUCGUGCCCCGCCGCCAGCCCCAUGCUGUACGCGGGCCGCUGCUACCCGGCCUGCCCGGACGGCGCCUACCUGCAGGACCGGCAGCAGGACCAGCAGGCCAACACGUGCGCGCGCUGCCCCCACACCUGCAAGGCGUGCGUGUCGCGACAGAACUGCACGGCCUGCGCGCCGGGCCUGGAGCUGCAGAGCGGCCAGUGCCGCGUGGCCUGCGCUGACGGCUACUACUCGGACGGCGGGGUGUGCUCGGCGUGCUACCUGAGCUGCGCCACUUGCGUGGGCCCGCGCAAGGACGAGUGCGUGUCCUGCCCCAAGGGCUGGCAGCUGCUGGGCGGCGCCUGCCACCCGGACUGCCCCCAGGGCCACUUCCAGACGCAGUACGGCUGCACACGCUGCCACCACUCGUGCCGCUCCUGCGACGGUAAGCUAGUCUAA